UGCCCGGUUUCCUAGCAACCGACGCCAUCCGGAUAGAAUGGCAAAAUUUGUACUCGCUGGCAAAACAGAUUGUCCACUUUAUGCCAAAGCGGAACUAUUAGCAGACUGUCUACAGCGAUGUCUGCCAAACUUCAGGAUCCACAAGAUCUCUGUCCACCCAGAUGAAUGGAGGGAAUGGCUGGAGGCCACCUGCAAAGGAAAUGGCUGGAAACACGAGCAGUCCCCUUUGGUUUGGAGGGAACUGGUGGCCCAGGGGGGGAAAGGGAUGCUCAUAGGGGGCUUCAAUGAAUUCCUAGAGCAUUGUCAGGACUACUACAGCAUCACAUCAGACAUGCCUACAGAAAUAAUGCUCAGUGUUGCAGCAGAGAAUCUGGAAACCAAGCUGAAUCUUAUUGUGGAGGAGCAGCAUCGUGUGGGCCUUAUCAAACCCCUUCACAUAUGGAUCAGCGGUGCGCUCAGCCCAGUCUGCUACUUCCUGAUCCCCAAUCUGCUCUCUGCUGUGGUGUUCCCGCAUGUUUCUGCAAUAAGCCUCCACCUACUCGACCUGGAGGGGAACAAGGAAGGAUUGCAGCGGCUGAGGAUGAAUACGGAGGACCUGGCACUCAGUCUGCUCCAUCAAGUGACCAUUCACACAGAUCUGGAGCAGGCCUUCCAGGAAGCAGAUGUCAUUCUACUGCUGGAUGAGGGGUGGUCUGAUGACAGCGACUCAGGGAACAAGAAUGAGGAGGAGAAGAAGAGGAUAAACAGGAUCUCAGACAGGUGCAAAGAGUAUGGACAACUGAUUGAUAUGAGGGCCAACAAGGAGGUGAAGGUGAUCGUGUCUGGUGACUCAUUUGUCAACCUGAGAUGCUCACUUCUUUUGGACAACGCAUGCUCCAUCAACAGCCACCAAUUUGUUGCUGUGGCAACUCAGCUGGAGAAUGAAGCCAGGGCCAUCAUUGCAAAGAAGCUGAAAGUGAAGAGUUCAGAUAUUACAAACGUCAUUGUGUGGGGGAACAUCAGUGGUAGUUUCUACAUUGACCUGCAGAGGGCGAAAGUCUUCAACUAUGAUGGGGCAAUCAAAGGACCGGCUUUCUUCUCCCAACCUGUCCAAAAAAUACUUUAUGAAAGUAAAUGGUUGGAAACAGACUUUCAAGACUUAGUAUGCUGUCAGCGUGCAGCUGUGGCUUCAAAGACCUGCCGAGCAGCUGCCAUGUCAGCCGCCAAUGGGAUCCUCGCUGUCCUUAAGGCUUGGAAUGGCAUUUGUGGUUCGAAUGAAGUGUUCUCAAUGGGUGUGCUUUGCUCAGGCUACUUCAACGUCCCAGAUGGCAUUGUCCUCUCAGUUCCAGUCACCUUCAGAGAUGGAAAAUGGUCUGUCCUGUUUGAUGUGACAGUUGGACACAAGUUGAAGGAGAGACUUCAGCUUUCCGCAACUGAACUCACGCAGGAAAAAGAACUUGGAUCAGAAAAUUGCAGGAUGCAGAAUAAAGAUGUCAGUUGA